ACCGCAGUGCAAUAUCAGCAACAUUGACAAUCCUUUUCCUGUAUCUAUGCAUAUAGUUCCGGCGGUAGAGCAAUUAGCCAGAAUUCAACUCGGAAGAGUCCGCAAUACAAUCCGCAAAUCAAAGUUACGGUCAAAGUUUGAUCCUUGCAAAUAAACAAUAACAACAAAUGGACUUGAUGGUUUGCAUGUGGGCUGUACGCCAUGCGUACACAAUGCUAAUCAUAACGGAACCAUCAUGUAUUAAAUAGAUACGUGGAUUACGUGAUAAAACAUGGUUUAAUGGAUUUCGAAAUUUUCUGGAAAAGGUUUUCGUCAUAAGAAUUACUUUGAAAUUUCACCACUGCGCAAAUGUUACAACGCAAGCAAUACUGCAUAAUUGUAUGUAACAACAUUCUACAUAAAAGUGCAAAUAUUUUUAUUGACGUGCAAAUUAUUUUCCGCACUAGAUAACAAAGCGCAUAAAAGGCAACAAAUGAAGAAUCCAGAAUGAUAUAGCCAAGUGAGCAUAAAUUUAGUCUGGUUUCAGAAUUUAGGAUUAGUUUAAUAAAUUCAAAAAUGACGACGGAGAGAUUUUCAUUUUCAUUUUCGCUCUUGUUGUCACUCGCAGUUUUAUUGACUCCGACUCGGCCUGUCAGUGGACAUGGAAGGUUACUUCGUCCCACGAGCAGAUCUUCUGUUUGGAGAUUCGCUGAAUUUCAAAGCCAAAACCCACCCCCAAACUACACAGACAACCAACUUUUCUGUGGGGGUCUACAUCAGGCAGACUCACCAGGGACCAAUUGUGGCGUUUGUGGGGACCCAGUCUCAGAUUCUGUACCUCGUGAAAAUGAAAUUGCUGGAUACUACUACCGUGGAAUUAUCACCGGACGUUAUACCCAAGGGCAGAUAAUUGACGUCGAGGUAGAACUCACGGCAGCUCACAUGGGUCACAUGGAAUGGAGAAUUUGCUCGAACUCAUCCACCGAAACGCAAAAUUGCUUCAACCAAAAUCUAUUGCUCAGGGCAGAUGGUUUUGGGAGUCGUCUCAAUGUGACAUCCACCGGAACCUACAAAACAAAGCUUAAACUUCCUCAGGGGUUGAGGUGCAAUCACUGCAUAGUUCAGUGGAAUUACAGAGCAGGGAAUAACUGGGGAUAUUGUGAUAAUGGAACGUCUGGUCUUGGAUGUGGCCCUCAGGAAACGUUUAGAGGAUGUGCAGAUAUCACCAUUCAAUAAUAUUACUCCGUUAAUAAGUUAUAAUUCAUUAAUUUAAUGUUAGUAAUGAUGAGGAAUAAAAAUUAAUAUUUAUGUAAAUAGUUA